AUGGAUGCAAACGGGCAGACACGCCCGGGGUCUCGCGCCUCUUACUCCGACAGCUCAGAGGAACCUCUGCUCAGAAAACCUAACGCAGACGAGCCCAUCGAACACCCUCAACUUUCGAAAAUUCGCUCCGCCUUCAUUAUUGCGAGCUUGACCGGGACAAACUUCUCAAGUUAUACAAUCCAGGCCGUCAUCCGUCUCUGCACUAGCAAGCGGUUGCUUCUUGCUUAUUGCAGGAGCAUUGGCGGACUUGCUUGGGGACCGCCUUAUCAACAUUAUCGGCACAUGGAUACUUGCUGUUUCAGCUCUGGGAUCGGCAAUGGCAACUACCGGCGCUUCGCUAAUAGGAUUCCGCCUUAUCGAGGGGAUUAG